CAUAUAAGCUUUGUAAAAUACCCAAAUCUCAAGUACACAUGCACAACCUAUACCUACAACCCAGGUCUCUAUACCACAUGCACAACCUAUACCUACAACCCAGGUCUCUAUACCACAUGCACAACCUAUACCUAUGACUGUUGCACAUGCACAACCUAUACCUACAACCCAGGUCUCUAUACCAGAUGCACAACCUAUACCUAUGACUGUUGCACAUGCACAACCUAUACCUACAACCCAGGUCUCUAUACCACAUGCACAACCUAUACCUAUGACUGUUGCACAUGCACAACCUAUACCUACAACCCAGGUCUCUAUACCACAUGCACAACCUAUACCUAUGACUGUUGCACAUGCACAGCCUAUACCUACAACCCAGGUCUCUAUACCACAUGCACAACCUAUACCUAUGACUGUUGCACAUGCACAACCUAUACCUACAACCCAGGUCUCUAUACCACAUGCACAACCUAUACCUACAACCCAGGUCUCUAUACCACAUGCACAACCUAUACCUAUGACUGUUGCACAUGCACAACCUAUACCUACAACCCAGGUCUCUAUACCACAUGCACAACCUAUACCUAUGACUGUUGCACAUGCACAACCUAUACCUACAACCCAGGUCUCUAUACCACAUGCACAACCUAUACCUACAACCCAGGUCUCUAUACCACAUGCACAACCUAUACCUAUGACUGUUGCACAUGCACAACCUAUACCUACAACCCAGGUCACUAUACCACAUGCACAACCUAUACCUAUGACUGUUGCACAUGCACAACCUAUACCUACAACCCAGGUCUCUAUACCACAUGCACAACCUAUACCUAUGUUUGUUGCACAUGCACAACCUAUACCUACAACCCAGGUCUCUAUACCACAUGCACAACCUAUACCUAUGACUGUUGCACAUGCACAACCUAUACCUACAACCCAGGUCUCUAUACCAUAUGCACAACCUAUACCUAUGACUGUUGCACAUGCACAACCUAUACCUACAACCCAGGUCUCUAUACCACAUGCACAACCUAUACCUAUGACUGUUGCACAUGCACAACCUAUACCUACAACCCAGGUCUCUAUACCACAUGCACAACCUAUACCUAUGACUGUUGCACAUGCACAACCUAUACCUACAACCCAGGUCUCUAUACCACAUGUACAACCUAUACCUAUGACUGUUGCACAUGCACAACCUAUACCUAUGACUGUUGCACAUGCACAACCUAUAACUACAACCUAACUCUCUAGUGCACAUGCACAACCUAUCCUUCUUUAAAUUGCCUGUACACAUGCACAACCUAAUGUUUAUGAGCUCUUUUACACAGAAC